CUACUUGUACUUUGACCUUGCUCGAUGAGAGCUUCUCCCAUGUUCUAGUUCUGUUGACUCAUUUGAGACUGGUUCUUUUGCUGUCAUUACUACACAUUCAGGAGAUACGAAACUGUUUGAUACAGCCUCGGUGUGACAGUGUGAGGUCCACCAAGAACAAACCACGACUGGAGUUUGAGCUACCAAUCCCAACUUUCAUGGUGCUGUACACAAAGCAUGUCUCUUGCAAGUGCAAAUGAGUUGGAGAAGUCUAGGAAGGAACUAGCAGAUGAAUACGAGCGAGUUCAGAAAAAAGCGUUUACCAACUGGAUCAACUUUCACCUGAUAAAGGCUGGUCAAAAGGUGGAUGACCUCUACAAAGAUUUGAGAGAUGGUCGAAAGCUACUAUCUCUGUUGGAAGUGCUCACUGGCGUCAAACUGCCUAGAGAGAAGGGCAAGAUGAGGUUUCACCAUCUGCAACAUGUGGGCACAGCUCUGGAUUUCCUUCAGAAGGAGCGCAGGAUUAAGCUGGUUAACAUCCGCAGCGAGGAGAUCGUCGAUGGCAACCCUAAGCUAAUCCUGGGUCUGGUUUGGACUCUCAUCCUCCACUUUCAGAUAUCGGAUGGCAUUGGGCUUAAUUCUGAAGAUCGACCUACCUCUCCACAAGCCAUCUCCACCAAAGAUCUCAAGAAUAAGCUGCUCGAAUGGGCACAGCAGGCCACCGAGGGGUAUGAAGAUGUCAACCUGACCAACUUUGACAAGAGCUGGCGAGAUGGAAUGGGUUUUUGUGCCAUCAUCAAUCGUCACCGACCAGACCUGCUCAACUUUGACGACUGUGACGUGGACACACCUCUGGAGAACCUUGAGCUAGCUUUCUCUGUGGCAGAGAAGGAACUGGACAUUGUGAGGAUUGUGGAUCCAGAGGAUGUGUGUGUGCCCAAGCCUGAUGAUAAGGCUGUACUGACGUACGUGUCCUUCCUUCAUCACGCAUUCCCUGACAUGCCCCCUCCUCACUGGAAGAAGAAGCCCAAGGUCUCCUCUGAAGGCUACACGAGUCUGUACGAUGCUACCGAGGCCUGGAUUAAAGCAAAGACUGAACAAUCCAAGGCCAGAGAGUUUCCCAACACUGUGGAGGAGAUGAGAGCAGCCUUGGAGAGCUUUGAGAGCUCUGUCCUCAAGGAGAUGCCGGGCAAGAAGCGUGACGUAUCUACUCUGUCGGAACUAAACGACAAGCUCAAGGGACAGAAGAAGAUUAACUUACCCCCAGAGUAUGAGUACUCUAAACUAGCAGAGUCGUGGUCAGAUCUACAGAGUGAGUCUGCAGACUGCAAGAGAGCCAUGGAAGAGGAGCUGAAGCGACUAGAAGGCCUCGAGAGUCUGGCGAACCAGAUAGUCUCUGAGUGCACCAAAGUAGAGUCUGGUGUCAAUGAUUUCGAGGCUAAACUGAGUGAUUUUGAAGAGAACAGCAUGUCUAUGACUCCCGAGGAGGCAGCCAGUGUGUCGGAGGAGAUCAGGGGACAGCUGGAGACUCUGCAAGAAGGGCUGAGUCAGCAGGCUCCCCUUGUAGAGCAACUGAAGGAGGGCAACUAUCACAGCAGCGAGGAGGUGGACAAGAGAGUGAAUGCCCUACACUCUCAGCUAGAAUCCCUACUCCCCCGUCUGGAGAAAGCCUCAUCAGUUGUGGGGGAGGUUCAAGUGGUGACCGCCCUUGAGAGCAAGUUGGAGGACCUUGAACUAUGGCUGGUCACAUCUGGGAAGUUUUCCAACAAUCAAAGUAUCCUCGCGCAGAUUGAAGACCACAAGGCAUUCCAACACGAGCAGUUGUCUGCUGCUCAAGAGAGGGUGGCCCAUGUCAAUAGGAGCACCCCUCCCGGACUAGACGACAAAGUCAAAGAGGUCAAUCAGCGACUGGAGCACAUUGUCAAACAGACUAACGACAGGCUUGAUGGUUUAGAGCCCAUCAUUCAGACAAUACGGGAGUUUGACCUCCUAAUUGGACCCCUGGAGAACUGGUGUACCAUAACCUCUGAGAAGUACGACCAGCUGCAGCCGCUUGCGCUGACCGUGGAGGUGUUGCAGAAACAGAAAGAGGAGGUGGCGGAGAUACGACAGGAGAUAGACAGGCAAAAAGAGGGCGUGGAGAAAGCACAGGACGUCGCAGAGCAGUUCUUCAACGACACUGAGCCUGUGCAGAGCCUGGCAGACCGAUAUGCCCGGCGCCUCAAGUCUCGGGAGAAAGUAUCGGAGGUGCUGAGAAUUCGAGACAGUGAGGAUCUGGAGGAAGCCUCCAUCUCGGAGCAGGCUGAGGCUCUACAGAACCAGUGGUCGUGGUUGAACAGUCAUGCAGAUGAACGAGCCCGACAGAUUGACUAUCUCAUAGACAAGAUCUCCGAAUUUGAUGAUCAGUACAUUGCCCUGAGGCAGUUUGUGGACGAGGGCACGCAGCUGUGUGCCACAGAGAAGCCAGUGGGAGAGACUGCAAGCAGAGUGGAGGAGCAGAUGGAGACUUGUCAGGAAUUCCGAGCUAAGAUGUCAGCCAAGGAGCCAGUAGAGGAAGCAAUGCUAGCAUUGGGGAGGGCUAUCCUAGCAGAGCCAAACACCACCUCACAAAACGAUGCUCUCAUGAACAAACUAACUUCAUUCAUAGCAGACUGGUCCUACCUGCAAAUGGACUGGCAAAACUGGUAUGAUGAGUUACAUGCCCACUUGCAGACAUCGCAGGACCUUUCAAACCAGUUUGACAAGUUUUUGAGUGGCAUGAGUCUUCUUGAGCCUCUCUGCUCCAAACUGUUCCCAGCCAACCUGAGCAUGGAUUCUCUCCAACAGAAACUGCAUAGUCUACAAACCAAAUUCGGCAAUGAGGUGCUCUCCCCAUACCAAGAAAAGCGGGCUGUGUACGAGGACUUUAGGUCAAAGGUGCAGCUCCUACCCAACAAACAGUUGGCCGAGGAGAGUUUCAGAAAAUUUGAAGAGAUCGCCAAGUCUAUAGAAGGCCACCGUGAUGAGUUGUCUGACGUGGUGAGUGCUGUAGACGGUUGGUGGGACGAGUUGCAGGGCUGCAGUCAAUGGCUGGGGGAAACCCAACACUCACUCUCACAAGACAAGCCACUGGCCAACAGUAUGCCUCUCUUGGAGGACCAGGAGAAGAGCAUCAAGAGUGUGUGUGAGGCUGUGGAGGGCCAGCAUGAUGGGAUGGAGAGGAUGGUGGUGUGUUUGAGUGAGCUGGCCAGUCACAAGGGCCUUCUACAUCCAGCACCAGUCACUACACACAGAGACCAGCUCAAGAGUCAGUGGGACACCCUCGGCAAUGAGGUCCAAGAAAGGAGUGAUCUUUGCUCCACUGGCAGAGAGCAGCUCAACUCCUAUGCGGAUGUCUCGGUGCCCUUUAACUCCUGGCUCAAGCUUGCAGAAGAGAAGGGGAAGGAUUUCUCCACAUUGCCUCGGAGCAAGGAGGAGCUACUGAAAAGGCAGGAGGAGGUUAGAGAGUUCCACAGUGAUGUUAGUGAGCACGGAGAGGCACUUGAUGGGGUUGAGACAAAAGGUUGCAGCUUUCUCAGCACUGCUAAGGCGUACCAGUCAAUUCUCAUGAGCUACCGGCAGAGUGUGGACAGUGAGGAGGGAGUUAAACAGCCCGAGUGGGUCGUACGUGCUGAUGAGGACCCCGUCCACCUUCUGACUAUGCCCACUUUCCAGGAGGACCAAUAUGAGAACGGCAUCAGGGUUGUCAAAGCAUACUCUGGUUCGUUACGGAAGCGCUACGAUGCCAUACAGUGUUCGGUGACUGAGUUCAAAAGUCUUGUGGAUGAGGCUGUGAGCAGGAGGGCGGAGUUUGAUGCCUCCCUAGACGGUAUGUUGGAGAGACUAGAUGAGAUAGAGAGCAAGUGUGCUGAGACAGAGGAGCAGCCCUUGAGAGUACAAGAGAGGGCGGAGGUUGUCAGGUCAUUGGAAGUGGACUGUAUGGCACUUGAGCCUCAGCUGCAGACUAUUGACUCUCAGUACGACCUCCUGACAGACCUUGAUGAGGCAGGAGGUGUGUGGGAGGGUGAGGACGAGGCACGCAUUCGGAAGGAAGGCGCGGAGUCUCAACACAAGGCACUGUUGGACAGACUGAGAGGACAGAGGGAGGGUCUCAAUGCUGAGCUGUCAGAUGCUCGAGCAUUCCUUGGCUCCUUCGAGAGCUGUCUGACGUGGUUGAGAGAGACAGAGAGGAAGAUUCAACGUGAUGACCCCCUCAAACUGGAGGUGCGGGAUCUCACCACCGGGCUCACUCAUCUCAAGGGAGUGGCAAGUGACAUUACGGGGCACAAGGCAGCGUAUGAGACGCUGUGCUCUAAGUGCCAGGAGCUGAUUGAAAGGGAGGUGCAAGACUCGGAGGAAAUGCGACAUAACCUUGAUAACAUGCAGCAGAGGUGGAACGCUAUUCAGAUUGUAAAUGAUGACAUUGAGGUGAUUGAAGAGACAAUUCCUAAGCUGGAGACCUUCAACCAAUCCUACUCCCAGCUGCUCUCUAUGACAGAGGACCUCCUAGCAAAGAUCACUGCCUGCAGUGUGUCUGCCAUCUCCUCUGAUGGGCUGGAGGCCAAAGGUCAAGGAUUGCAGGAAUUGUCUAGUGAGGUGGCCACCUUGAGGACAAGCUUUGAAGAUCUCCUUAAGUCAUGUGACCUGUUUGAUACGCCAUUCGACACUACCAAGGUUGAAGCAGACAUCAGCUCUCUCAAGGACAAGAUGCACCACUGUGACAAGGGCAUAGCCAGCAAGAAAGGUGACCUAAAGACACUUGGAAAGAAGGUUGUUCCAAUGGAGGACCUCUUUCAAAAGUUUCGGUCCUGGUUGAAGGAGACAGGGUCCCAGCUGGCUUCUCUCUCACCACCUUCCAUCGAGAACCCCGGCAGGAGCAGACAGAUGCAGCAGGCAAAGGUACUGGUAGAGAAUGUCGAGACUCACAGAGAGGACCUUGAAGCCGUAGAGGACUCAGUCAGUAUAUUGUCCCCCCUUCUGGACGAAUCAGACCAGGCAGAGCUCAAGGGACAGCUGGAUGCUCUCACUGGAGAGUAUGAUGCUCUUAAGUUUAGCUGUGAGCUUUAUCCUGUGGAGCGAUGGUUGGAGGACCGCACUCAGCAACUCGGUGACAUGGCUCCCACUGGAGUCACUGUUUCUGCUCUACAGAAACAGUCCACUGCCGUCCAGGAUCUUCAGAAGUCCAUCAGCUCCUACCAGCCUAGACUAGACUCUCUAGCUUCUGCAGCCACUCAAGCUGACCUCACCAGCCAACAAGAUCCGCCUGCCAGCUCAAAGAUGGCCCAAGUUACUGCCUGUUUUGAUCAACUUAAAGUGCUGUCUGAGGAGAGAUUGAGCUUACUCAGUGGAUACUUACCUGAGGUGCAACGCUACGAGUCAUCUCGCAUUGCUUGGGAGAGUUUGUUGUGUGGAUGGGAGGGAACAGCCGGAGAUUUGCCUUUGCCUGGAGCUACACCGGAGUCCAUUCAAGACCAGAUAGAGAACAUUAAGGCACUACAACUAGCUAUCAGUGAUCACGAGCCUGAGUUUGUCUCCCUCCAACGCGAGCUCGUCAACAUCUCACAAGGUCCGACUACAGAGCCUGCAUUUUAUGACCGGCUCUCGAAAGACCUACAGAGCUCGUCGGGAAAAGACGAGCCCAGACCAGGCCAGCAGACACAAGAGGAGACAUUAAAGGACUAUCAGGAGCGGCUGGAUGCACUUAAGAGAUCUCUGGUUUCUACCGGUGAAGGGUUAGCCUCAAAGUUGGAGCAGAGUUCCCAGUUCAAGGGUGAUAUGGCAGGUCUGCUCGACUGGAUGGAUGGUGUGGUGGGUCGAAUGGACGAACUGGUCAUACGAGAUCCGAAGAGUUUGCCCAUUGAGGAGCAGUGCUCAAAAUGCAAGGAGAUGCUGGAAGCCCUCUCCUCUCACCAGAACACCAAGGACGGCCUCGUUCCUCUCUUUACUCAGCUAACUUCAGAACUUUCUGACGGCAGUGACGAGACAACACAGCUACAAAACCAGUUAGAUCAGCUCAACACAAAGUGGUCAAACCUGACUGACCAGUUACGCCAAUACCAAUCCAACCUAGACACUGCCCUGCCCCUAGCCAAGAGCCACGAGGGUGCCAUGAGCAGACUGGUACCGUGGGUUCCCAACACACUGGAGCGACUGGAGAAUUUGGGACCUCCCCCCGCUGAGCCCAACCUCGUGGAGCAGCUUAAGACUGAAGUGGAGAAUCUGAAGACUGAAUACAACACUCUAGCCCCAGUCUACUCCUCAUGUGUUGAGGGUGGCCAGUCCCUAUCCAGCAUGUGCCAGGAGGGGGAACCCAAGAAAGACAUGGAUACAGGGAUUCAAGACCUCAAGGUCCAGUGGGAUCAGCUCAACUCUCAAUUUGGAGACAUCCUUCAGAAGCUAAAUGAUGCUCUAGUACAGACCCAAGAGUUCCAGGGCAUCGCUAACGGGCUAGACCGAUGGAUGGACACUAUGGGGAGCACACUCAGACAGCAGAAACGCAUUGCAGCCAGGGUGAAGCUUAUCGAGCCACAGGUGGAAGGAUUCCGACACAUCCUCAGUGACAUAGCAGCCUAUUCUGCCACAGUGGAGCAGGCCAAGGCUAUUGGACGCUCCCUCGUUGAUGACAGCAAACCCGAGGAAAGUCAGAAAGUCACUGGGCGUCUAGAGGCACUCACAACUCAGUUCCGACAGCUAGAGUCCGUGGCUCAGACCAGGAUGGCUCGAUUAGAGGCUGCCCUCAAGUGUGCAGCUGCUUACGAGAAUGAAGGGUCAGAGUUCAACCGAUGGCUGGUUGAUGCUGAGGGGAGGUUAGGAUCACUAGAGCAGCUGGCUAUUGCCUCACAGCCCUUGAAGCAACAGCUAGAGGACGUUAAGUCAUUCAGCCAAGAUGUGGAGGCCCACACUCCAGAUAUGGGUAGGGUCACCAAGACAGAGGAGGACCUCUUUGACACAGAGCUGCCCACUAUACAACUCUGUGAAGAGCACCUAUCAAAGGCCAACGAAGAGCGGAAACUGGUUUUACCAGAUUGGCUGGAGCGUCCAGGUGCCCCUGAAGCAGUCGAAGUUGGGGUUGACUUGCGUGACCGGUUUGACGGGUUACAAGCCUCUUUGAGUGAUCGUCUCGACCAGGCCACCCAAUGUCUUGCAAGUGUGUUGGCGUAUGAGGCCGACUGUGAUAAGUUCAGUGAGUGGUUAUCCAGAGAGGUGGAGUCUAUUGGGUCUCUACCUGCACCUGCAUUCACUGUGGAGGAGCUCAAUGACCAACUAGCACAGCUUGAGAAUAUCCAGCGGGACUUCAAGAACCGAGAAGACUCUCUUGAAUCCCUGGAUGCUCUCGGCACAUCCCUCAUAGAGUCGUGUAAGUCUGAGCUCAGUGCCUCCUCUGCCAGGAUCAAGCUCUCUGAUAUUAAUGAGAUGUGGGGAGACUCUCUGGCUGCUCUGAACGGCAGGGAGGAGGGACUCAAGAAGGCUCUAGUGUUGGCUCAGACUUAUCAGGCCCUUCAUGACAGCUUUGAUGAGUGGGUUACAGACUGUGAGACAAAGGUGGCCCAACCUCUCAAGUUGGACGGAGAUCCCAAGGCACUCAAGAAACAACUCCAACAACUAAAGGCUCUUGAGGAGAACAUAGCUGAGGCCAAGUUAGAAUUGAAGAAGUUGGUCGAUGCUGGUCACAAACUGGAGGCGUGUACUGGGACCCAACCCUCCUCCCUGCCUGAUAUUGGCUACAUUGCUCUUGAGGACAGAUACCUCGCCCUCAAGAUGAAGGUGGGAGAGAGGUGUUCUAAGAUAGAGGAGGCCCUGGGUCAGGCCAGUGACUUGCGGGCACAGCUGGAUGACUUGCUCAAGCAGCUGGAGAAACUAAAGACUCAGUUAGCAGCUCACAAACCACCUCGAGUGCAGUGCACCCAUCUGGAGAGGCAGAUACAGGACCUCAACGGCACAGAAGCAGUGUUCACUGGGCUCCAGCCCAAGCUGGUGGAAGCCAAACAAGAGGGUGCUGCUUUUGCUUCCAUGGACACCAGUGCCACACCCCCUCCUGAAGGUGUACCAUCAGGAGCGAACAUUCAGGAGCUACUCACUGACCUGGACAGAGCCGAAGAUAAGGUGGAUGGUCUGCUCAAACACUGGAGGGACCUCUUGGCCAACAACCUGCAGACAGCCAACGACUUCCAACAGCAUCACAAGGAACUUUUGGACUGGGCAGCAGAAAGAGAGGUUGAGAUGGGUGGGGCUGAGCCAGUCAGGGGCGUUCCAGAAGGAGCAGAGGAACAGCUGCAGCAAAUUGAGUCAAUACAAACUGAGCUGAACCAACAGAAGGCUAAGCAGGACAGUGUGGCUGCUCUGGGACAACUAUUGACCUCCAAGUGCUCGGCAGAAGAUGCUGCCUUUGUUAAAGAUAAACUCUCUGAGCUCAAAUCUGGGUUGGAUCGAGUGCAAAGAGGUGUGGACGUCAGGAGGAGAGUGAUUGAAGAUGGUCUGGCUAGUGCCCUGGCUUUCCUGGAAGCUUGGAACGAUACAAUGGCCGCCAUUGCUGACAAGAGGGGAGAGUUAGAAGGAUUGGGAGAUGUGGGUGGAGACAUUGACACAGUCAAGGCUCAACUAGAGGAGUACAAGGAAUUCGAGGCUUCACUAUCUGAGAUUAAGCCACGGGUAACAAAGGCACUAGAACUGGGCAAGCAACUCAAAGAGAACUGCUCCUCUAUUGACGGACCUCACAUCUCUGAGCAGCUGGAUCAACUGAACAGCGCGUGGUCCCAGCUCAACUCUGACAGUCUAACGAGGAAGCACAGCCUCGAGGAUGGCCUCUUGCAGCUUGGUCAGUUCCAGGAUGCCCUGGGGGAACUGCUGGCAUGGAUACUGGACUCCACUGCCAAGCUCUCCAAUGCCCCUCUGCCUGGAGUUAAAGUGGGCAGCGUAGAGACUCAGCUUAGGGACCUGCAGGCUAUAGAGUCUGGCAUUGGCUCACAUGCUCCAAGUGUGGCCUCCCUGAACAGUGCAGGGGAGAAGCUAGGGACACCCUCCAACAAUGCGGCAGACAUACAGCAGGACCUGGACAACCUCAACAGCAAGUGGGAUGAACUGAAAGGCCUGGCAGCAAGCAGAAGCACUGCACUGCAGGAGGCCCUCCCCCAGGCACAGUCAUUUGAAGACCGUUGGAAGAAGGAGCUGUCCUGGCUGACAGAGGCUGAGGCUAGGACCUAUGCUGAUUGGAGACCCUGUGGACUGCCACUCACCUGUCAGGAAGAUUUUGACAAACACAAUGAGUUCACUAAUGAGGUUGAGAGUCAUCAAGAGCCAAUUAGUCAGCUGAAAGCAGAAGGGGAUGCUCUGAAGGGACAGGGCAAUCAGGAGGACCAGCGAGUGGUUGACAGGUGGCUCGGAGACAUCCUCAAGAGAUAUGAAGACCUCACGUUCAGCCUGGACGAGAGAGAGGCACAGAUGAGUUAUGCUACAGAGCGAGCUGGUGAGUUUGACCAGCUCUACUGCGACCUAAGAGACAAGGUAGGGGCACAUGAGGAGAGUGCAGAGCAGCAGGGCAAUAUACGAUCAGAGGUGGAGGCUGUCAAAGAGCAGAUGGAGGAGCAUAAGGAGUUCAUGCGAGUAUUGGGAGAGCUUGAAGGUCGGUUGGAAGAGCUAGACGGAUGGGGGCAGCUGCUCACCAAGGACUGUGUCAAAGCUGAUGGGCAGGUCAUCGAGGACAGAGUGGAUGAGCUAAAGUCUAAAUUGGAAGCACUGAUCUCGGGGGGCAACGAUCGUCAGGCAUCCCUUGAGGAGUCUCUUCUCUCUCUGGGAGAGUUUGAGGAGGCCUAUGAUGAGUUGUGGGCAUGGCUCGCCGAAGUACUAAGGCAGUUGGAAGAGGCGGAGCCUAUCACUGGAGAUCCAGACGCUGUCUCUGCACUGCUCAGCAGGCAUAAGACUCUUCAGAAGCAGCUUGGCGCUCGUCUGGCCAGCAAGAAUGCCGUUUCACGAGCUGGGAAGCUACUUAUAAAGACCAAGACCGGUGAGGACAAAGCAGUGCUCAAGAAGAAACUAGCAGACCUGGACAGAGAAUGGGACAAGGCUUGCUCCGUCUCAGUUGACAGACAAGACAAACUCGAGAAUGCUUACCAAGAGUUAGCAGAGUUCAGGUCCUACGUUGGCCCCCUUCGCUCGUGGACGUCCAAGGUGCUUCCCACUCUGGAUGACUCUGAGCCAGUCCACGGUGACUUGCACACAGUAGACUCCCUCUUAGCAGCACACGAGGUCGUGCAACAAGAUCUUGGAGCGUAUCAAGAGAGCAUGGACGAAGCCAAUGCUAUUGGAGGUCACCUCAUUGCCGAGGUGUUGGACGAGCCCUCUGUUACACAGACAGACCUCAGUGAACUAAACGAGGCCUGGGGCAACGUGUGUCAGCGCUCAGUGGCCAAACAGGGGAGACUGGAGGAGGCCUACAGAGCUGCCGAGGCUUUUGAGGAUGAGUACGAAAAUCUGUUGAAAUGGAUCGAUGACGAGGCUGCUCAGUUACAGGCACUACCUCCUCCUGAUGAUGACUCCACUACACUACAGCAGCAGAUAGAUGAGCACAAAGAGCGGAGUCAGAAUGUGACCUCAAGACAGCCAGACUUUGACCAGGUGUUGGGAGACGGUCAGAACCUGCUGGCUGUGGCCCACCCCAAAGCUGUACCAAUACUGCAGUCCAAGCUACAACGAUUAGAGCGCAAGUGGAUGGAGCUAAGGGGCCACAUUGGUGCACGUAGUGAGGCAUUGGCGUCAGCCCUACUGGAUCUACAUGGCUUGCAGGACAUGUUGGACAAGCUGUGGGGGUGGGUGAGCGAGGCUGAGGCCACCAUCAAAGAGACAGAACUGGUACCUAUAGAAAACAAUCUGGAGGCAGUCGAGCAACAACUCACAGAUCACGAAGCCUUCCAGGAGGAUAUGGCAACUCAACAGCCCAACAUGGAUGCUCUGAACAAGGCAGCAAAGAAACGGAAGGCCUCUCAUCCCAAUGCCAACCCUGAGAUGACCAAGAAAAUCAGCAGCCUCUACAAGCGAUGGCAGAAACUCUGGCUAAGGUCUUCCGAGAGGCACCGACAACUACUCGAGGCUAAGACAAGACUGAAUGAUAUAGCACUGGCUAGGUCGUUUGAUUUCGACAAAUGGAGAAAGCGGUUCAACACAUGGGUGGACCAGCAGAAGCUUAGAGUAAGCGACCUGUUUCAUCGGUUUGACAGCAACCAUGAUGGCAUGCUUACCAGAGAAGAGUUCAAAAAGGCAUUGAAAGCAUCAGGUCUGGCAAUGACCCAAAUAGAGUUGGAGAAGAUUGCUGACUCCUUCGACAAGGGCCGCAGUGGUAUGAUUGACCUGAGUGCCAUCCUGGGUGUGCUUAAAGGACGAACACAGCGACGACCACGCCCACUCUCACAGGAGACCUUGACAGACGAUGCCAAAAUUGAAAAUGAGAUUAUGCGCCAGGUUUCUAAGUGCACAUGCACCAAGAAGUUCUUAGUGACGCGAGUGUCCGAGGGGAAAUACAGGUUUGGAAACACUCAGAAGCUUCAACUGGUUCGUAUCCUACGCAGUACAGUCAUGGUGCGAGUUGGCGGAGGGUGGCAGCCACUAGAAGAGUUUUUACUCAAAUAUGAUCCUUGCAGAACCACGGGACGUACCAAUGACAGUCUACGUGGCUUGCUGACUGCCGCACCCGGACUAGCUACAACUGGAUUUAGGACCAAACAGAGCUCACAGCUAGCAACUAAGAACGAGGCCUUGAGACAAGGUGCUGCAGACAAAGGUUCCACUCACACUUAUCCUCAUGGACGCCAAGAAACAACCAUCGCCACCAAGAAGACUGCGAGGUCGUCACAUAGUAGGGAUACAACUCCAACUCGUGAAACCAAAUCGAAACAAGCUGUAUCUGGACGAAGCACACCUCUGGGACGAUCUCUGGGCGUUGGUGAUGCUCUUUCAAGCAAGUGUACCACAGCUACCAAAGUCCAGUCUUCUCAACCGCGACCAACCACACCUAGCUCUGAAAAAAAAGUGGUUCGUUCCACCACACCCAGCUCUGAAAAAAAAGUGGUUCGUUCCACCACACCCAGCUCUUCAAGAACUACUUCAAUCCGCCCAACCACACCAAGUUCUACUCGGCCCACCUCUGUCAAGACGUCACCUCGGCGUGCCUCCUCUACAUUGACAUCAACAGCUGCGUCAAAGAAAACCUCACCCUCACCCAAACACAUCCGACCAACGACACCUACUAGCACAAGCGGGAGAAGUGUGGGUGCACAGAAAGGGAGUCGAAUACCCACACCCAAGAGUAAACUACCAACAAAGACUUCUUGAUUAUAACUAGUGGCAUGCGUACGUGCAUGCAUGUAUUUGCAUAAGGCAGCUCAAAAUAUAGAAAGUGAGUAUUCAAGGUUUAGCUAUAUCCUCUACAUGUAUAAUAAUUAUGUAGAUUAAUUUUUAUGCACAAGGCAGGUACGUAUUCUAUUAGCAGUCCAGUCAAAUUUGUAGAUAUAUAAUUGUUUAUCCUCACACAAUCGCUUUAAUUUUUGAUUGUGUCACACUCUUUUUAUUUGGCUAGCAUCAAAUGGCUAUAUAACUUAUAUAGUUACUAUGUUCAUCCCCAUUAUAAACAAAUUCUUUUUAUAAACAAAAUUUCAUCAAAUGGCUAAAUGUUAUCACA